CGUCUAUUUAUGAUCUGUGCGUCAACGCGGAGGCACAGCUCGGGCAGGGCAGCCGCACAGUGUCACCUGCAGUGGGUUGGUGCGUCGGCCACGCGUCAAAGGCAGCCGAGCGUCAAAGGGCAGCCUCCGCGGGGCGCGCAGGACCCAAGCCAAGUCCGUAACGUGUCGUGCGGCGCCGACCGGUAGCGCACUCGCCCAUCCAGCGCCAGGCUCUGCAGAUUUUUGCAGCCAGUGCACGACCUCUGGGCAGCUUUUACGCCGCCGACGCUGCACAAUUACUUGAGGCAACCGCCCACAAGCCACGAGCACACCUUAAAAUGUCUGCCGAGUCGACGAAGGAGGCGACAGCCGACGGCCACAAGGUGACCACCGUGGUGGAGGGCACCGACGCCACUGCCGCGGCACCUACCGAGCCCGGCGGUAAGGUGGCGAUCGUCACGGGCGCCUCGCGCGGCCUCGGCCGGGGCGUGGCCGCAGUUCUCGCGAAGGAGGCCGGCUUCACGGUGUACGCGACCGGCCGCACGACGGCGGACCUCGAGAGUCUGCAGGCCGAGUGCGCCGACGGCGCCGGCAAGGUCGUGCCCUGCACGCUGGACCUGAAAGACGACGAAGCCGUGAAGGCAUUCGUGGAGAAGGUGGGCAAGGUCGACGUGCUGGUCAACUCCGCCUACGAGGGCCUCGCCGCGCAGAAGGCGCAUCUCGGCAAGAAGUUUUAUGAAAGACCGCUCGGCGAGUACGACGACCACAUGUCGGGGGUGCGCUGGGCCUACGCCCUGUCGCAGCUCGUGGCUCCAUCAAUGGUCGAGGCGAAGGCGGGCUUGAUCGUCAACAUCAGCUCCGCGGGCGGCAUCUUCUACUUCUGCGGCGUGCCCUACGGCGUGAUGCACGCGGCGCUCGACAAACUGGGCGCGGACGUGGCCACGGAACUGAAGGGCACGGGCGUGACCUGCGUGACGGUCUGGCCCGGGGGCGCCGUCACGGAGCGGACGUCCUUCCCCGGCGGCGAGACGCCCGCGUUCACGGGCCGCGCCGUCGCCGCGCUCGCGGCGGCGGGCGCCGAGGACCUCGCGGCGAAGAGCGGCAAGGUCCUCCUGACGUGCGAGCUCGGCGCCGAGUACGACUUCGUCGACGCCACGGGCGCGCUGCCGGUGGACGGCAUGGGCGUCCGCGGCAUGCUGAACGAGGGCUUCAAGUACCCGCUGGCCGGCGGCGCGCUGGGGGACCACACGCAGUCGAACAACGAGGGGAUGAAGGCCGUCUUCCACGGCUACUAGUCAAGUCGCAGCUAACAAAGACUUUUAGUAAGAACACGG